AUGUCAACCUCGACAUUAUACACGCUCGCUCUCACAUUACCUCUAGUCCUGAUCUUCUGGACAUUGUCGUCGACCUCUGGGUCUCCCUUCGGGAGCUCUUUUCCGCGACUGUACAAUAAGCGGAUAUGUCUGCUCAUCGCGCAUCCGGAUGACGAGGCGAUGUUCUUUGCGCCGGCGCUGUUGGCGCUGACGAAGCCGGCGUUGGGGAACCAUGUGAAGAUUCUGUGUUUGAGUACUGGCGACGCCGACGGCCUCGGCCAUAUCCGACAAAAAGAGCUCCAAAAGAGCGCCCAGCAUCUCGGCCUCCGCAGCGAAUCCGACGUCUUCAUCGUUGACAACCCGGCCCAAUUCCCAGAUAGCAUGUCGAAAACCUGGUCUGAAAACGACAUCGCAUCUCUGCUCGCAUCGGCCUUCGCCCCUAACAUCUCAUCAUCCACCCCCUCGGCAAACGGCUCAUCAUCCUCGCGCCGAAAACAAAAUACAUCCGAUAACGACGCCCCCUUCGCGACAAUCGACGUCCUCAUCACGUUCGACAAGCACGGAAUCAGCAACCACCCCAACCACCGCUCUCUCUACUAUGGCGCCCUGGCAUUCCUCCGUACUCUCAUGAAGGGAAAAACAGGCUACUCCUGCCCCGUGACGCUCUACACACUUAGCACGACGAACAUCGUGCGCAAAUACGCCGGUGUGCUCGAUGCCCCUGUGACGAUGCUCGUUGGCGCGCUGAGUAAUCUACGAUCCGCCCUCGGAGGAUCUAGAAGUGGGAAAUCGAGAUCGAGCACAGGCGGCGGCGCGACGGCUCCGGAGCGGUUAUUGUUUGUGAGUAAUGUGAAUGAAUGGCUACGUGCACAGGGGUCGAUGGUGAAGGCGCAUAAGAGUCAGAUGGUUUGGUUUCGAUGGGGCUGGAUCACGAUUGGGAGGUAUAUGGUCGUGAAUGAUCUGAGGAAGGAGAAGAUUUGA